CUCGGAUCGAAUAGGGUUGGAUCCGAUAGUUUAGUGGGUCUCUCCUCUCCUGCCUCGUCCCCUCCCAUGGCGACGCCUCCGCCGCCCACCGGAACCCUAGCCUCCGCCGCCCCGGCAACUCCGCCUCCGCCGCCCACCGGAACCCUAGCCUCCGCCGCGCCGGCGCCUCCACCUCCGCCGCCGCAGUCGCCGCACACUCCGUCGACCUCCGCCGUCAAAUCGGAGGUACACGCCGCCGAGGCCGCCGCAGAUUCAACCCCCAUCGUCGCCGCCGCGGCCGCCGCCGCCGCCGUAUCCUACACCAUCACCAUCCCCAGCUGCUCCGGGUGGUUCUCGUGGGACGAGAUCCACGAGACCGAGCGGAGGCUCCUCCCAGAGUUCUUCGACGGGAGGUUUUCUUCGAGGAACCCUAGCGUGUACAAGUACUACAGGGAUUCGAUCAUCAGGCAAUUCAGGGCGCAGCCGUGGAGGAAGCUCACGUUCACUGAGGCGCGCCGGGGGCUGAUCGGCGAUGUCGGAUCGGUGCGGCGCGUCUUUGAUUUCCUCGAGGAGUGGGGUCUGAUCAACUACACGCCCUCGGCGAAGCCGAAGGAGAGGCGAGAGGCAGCAGCAGCAAAGGAGGAAGAAGAAGGGGAAACUGCAGAGAGGAAGGAGGGCCCUAAGAGGCUCUGCACCAAUUGCCGAUCCGUUUGCGGCCUCACAUGCUUCACCACUGAUAAGGCAGAUAUUAUUCUCUGCUCAAGAUGCUAUGUCCGUGGAAACUACCGGCCAGGCCUCAGUAACUUCAAACGGGUUGAUAAUAUGGAAGAAUUGAAAACAGAGUGGACUGACAAAGAAAACCUUCACCUACUUGAGGCCAUAGUACAAUAUGGUGAAGAGUGGAAAAAGGUGUCCGAACAUGUUGGUAGCAGAUCUGCGAAGGACUGCGUUGUCAGGUUCAUCAAAUUACCAUUUGGAGAGCAAUUCUUGCGGCCCAUUGAAGAUGGGGAAGAUAAUGGGCCUAACGGAUCUUACCGAAGUAAUGAUGAAGUUGCUGCUGAACAUGGAGGAGAGAGUUUGAAGCGAAGGCGUCUCACCCCACUGGCGGAUGCGAGCAAUCCAAUCAUGGCUCAGGUUGCUUUCUUAUCUGGUAUUGCGGGGUCAGAUCUUGCUGAAGCUUCAGCUCGUGCUGCCAUUUCGGCAUUGCAUAAGGUCCACAUAGAGAAGUCAAAGUUCACCAAUGACAUCAAGGUAGAAGCUUUACUCGAAGAGGCUGCUGCGAAGGCACAAUCACAGCUCGAGGAGGAGCAACAAGAUGUGGAGAAAUCAUUAUCAGAUAUUGUUGAAGUCCAGAUGAAGGAAAUCCAGGAUAAGAUUGUACAUUUUGAGGCGCUUGAAUCUCUGUUGGAGAAAGAGUGGCGGCAACUACGUUACAUGAAGGAUUCACUCUUUAAUGACCAGCUGGCCAUUUUGCAGCACCAAAACAGGGCCAAGUUUACGGCGAUAGAAGAUAGAACCGGGAAUAAAUUUAGAACCACUAGUGAUGUAAAUAUAGUUGAAAAGCAAGCCAACUAGAACUACAAUUUUUUAUUCUUUUUUAUAGUUAUCUCACUAAGUGUGGGCCAAAUAUUCUUGUAUAUCUAGGCAUACAUUUGCUGAUUUCAUCUUCUAGUUUAGAAAUUUGGCCUAAUGCAAGAGUCCUGCAUUUUCCUUCUCUCUUGUUAGAUUUUUCUAGUAAUUGGGAAGUAGAUGUUCUCUGCAAUGGUGAAACCUUUCUAGUUUUUGGGUGAAAGCUAACACUCUUCUUGAUAAUUUUCCAACAACGGCCAAAAAAUCUCAGUUGAAAUUUCUGAAAA